AUGGGGAAGAGAGUGGCCAUUGUUGGGGCUGGCGUCAGUGGAUUGGCUUCCAUCCGGUGCUGCCUGGAAGAGGGGCUGGAGCCCACCUGCUUUGAGAGAAGCAAUGAUGUCGGAGGCCUGUGGAAAUUCUCGGACCGUGCAGAAGAAGGCAGAGCCAGCAUUUACCAGUCUGUAUUCACCAACUCUUCCAAAGAGAUGAUGUGCUUUCCAGACUUCCCUUAUCCCGAUGAUUAUCCCAACUAUAUGCACCACAGCAAACUCCAGGAAUACAUAAGAAUAUUUGCUCAAAAGAAGAAUCUUUUAAAAUAUAUACAGUUUGAGACCCUGGUUUCUAGUAUAAAGAAAUGUCCCAGCUUCUUAGUCACUGGACAAUGGGAAGUUGUUUCAGAAAAGGAUGGGAAACAGGAAUCUGCUAUUUUUGAUGCUGUAAUGAUUUGUUCAGGACAUCACGUAUACCCCAAUCUACCAACUGAUUCCUUUCCUGGCCUACAACAGUUUCAAGGCCAGUACCUCCAUAGCAGGGACUAUAAAGACCCAGAAGCCUUCAGGGGGAAGAGGGUCCUUGUGAUCGGCCUGGGGAAUUCAGGAUCUGACAUCGCUGUUGAGCUCAGUCGUCUGGCUACACAGGUCAUUAUCAGCAGCAGAAGUGGUUCCUGGGUCAUGAGCCGGGUUUGGAAUGAUGGUUAUCCUUGGGACAUGGUAUAUGUGACCCGCUUUGCAUCCUUUCUCCAAAAUACCCUUCCUUCAUUUGUCUCUGACUGGUUAUAUGUCAAGAAGAUGAACGCAUGGUUUAAGCAUGAGAACUAUGGCUUGAUGCCUUUAAAUGGUCCCCUGAGGAAAGAGCCUGUGUUCAAUGAUGAGCUCCCAUCCCGCAUCCUGUGUGGCACUGUGUCCAUCAAGCCCAGUGUGAAGGAGUUUACAGAGACCUCAGCUGUAUUUGAGGAUGGUACCAUGUUUGAGGCCAUCGACUCCAUCAUCUUUGCAACGGGCUAUGAUUACGCCUACCCCUUCCUUGAUGACUCCAUCAUCAAAAGCAGAAACAGUGAAGUCACCUUGUUUAAAGGCAUCUUCCCCCCACUAAUAGAGAAGCCAACCUUGGCUGUGAUUGGCCUUGUCCAAUCCCUUGGGGCUGCCAUCCCCACAGCUGACCUGCAGGCUCGUUGGGCUGCUAAAGUGUUUGCAAACUCAUGUACCUUGCCAACUACAAGUGAAAUGAUGGAUGAUAUUGAUGAGAAAAUGGGAAAGAAACUCAAAUGCUGUGAUACUCAUUCCAAUGUGUUCUUUUUUUCCCUCAGGUUUGGCCAGAGCCAGACUUUGCAGACAGAUUAUAUCACAUACAUGGAUGAGCUGAGCUCCUUCAUAGGAGCCAAGCCUAACAUACCAUGGCUCUUCCUGACUGAUCCCCAGCUGGCCCUGGAGGUGUUCUUUGGUCCUUGCAGCCCCUACCAGUUUCGACUGAUGGGACCAGGGAAGUGGGAUGGGGCCAGAAAUGCCAUCCUGACCCAAUGGGACAGGACAGUAAAGCCAACCAGGACGAGAGCUGUCAGUGAAGCUCAGAGACCCCAACACUUUUAUACUUUGCUCAAAAUGCUUUCAUUCCCAGUGCUUUUGCUUGUUAUUUGGCUUACAUUUUAUUAA